CAACCCACAUUAGGGUUUCAUUUCUCUCACAAAGCAGGCGGCAAAAUUCCCUGCCAAUACCAUUAGCUGUGUUUCCCAAGAAAUAAAGAUCCUUAAUUUAAUGUCGGGAACUCCAUUUCAACUAAAGGAAAAAAGCAAAGGCUGAAACUUUGACCCAGUUUCAGAGUCCCAAAAUGCGGAACCGGAAAAAGGCAGCGAUCGUCUCAUCAAGCAGCGACAGCAGACCCAGAGAAUCAGGAUGGCCGCCGGCAAACACCUGCAAAUUCAUGCAGCUCUCACGCGCCGCCGUCAUGGACAUACUUUCACGGCUACCCAUUACUACCCUCAUCACUUGCAGGUGCGUUUGCAAAAGAUUCCUCCAUUUAAUUUCAGAUCCUGAGUUUGCCCAUCUCCAUCUUACGAGAUCACCCAUUAGUAUAAUGAUCAAAACCCUACCCCCCAUUAAUGGGUCCAAAAGACUCCAGAUUGCCCAGAUUGAGGACAAUGGGGCAGGGUUUGGGGUCACAAAACUGGAAUUUACUGCUAAAGAUAGCAUACCCACUUGUGAAUUUAAUCAUAUGAACUCAUGCAAUGGGUUGCUUUGCUUAGUUGGGCUUGAAAAAGACAACUCUGUUUAUGUCUGUAAUCCGAUCUUAGGUGAGUACAUUACUCUUGCGUCUCCCUCUAAGGGCAGGCAUAGAGGGAGUUUUGGGGGGCUUGGGUAUUCUGCUGUCACUGAUCAAUACAAAGUGUUGCAGACUUUUUACCCUUUGAAUGAAUCAGAUCAUCGUUAUGUAGAGGUUGAGAUUUGCACUAUUGGGACCGGCGCAUGGAGAAGCCUUGGGGUUGGCCCUAAAGACCUAGUUACUUUACCAUUCAAUUCUUUCUUGAAUGGAACUCUUCAUUGGUCAAAUUGUUCCCCGAAUGGUAGUCAGUUCAUACAUACUUUCAACUUUGUGACUGAGAGGUUCGGGGCUGUUUCUCCACCUGCUCGCUUCAGUGAGGAAGAUAAGAAGUUUACAGAUUCUUUUAGGAUAGGAGUGCUGGGGGGCUGUUUGUAUGCAAUCUUCUUUGAGAACUCUUUGCGACUUGACAUAUGGAUUAUGAAGGAGUAUGGGGUUACAGAGUCUUGGACCAAACAGUUUGCUGUGGAGAAUUUGUAUCCAAGGAAACAUAGCUGGGAUGUUUAUGAGCCAGUAAUUGUUUUGAACAAUGGGGAAAUCUUGUUGGUUUACAACAAUGAUAAUGUGGUCUGUUAUCAUCCAAAGAGAAAAUGCCUAAGAGGAACUACAAUGUUCAGAACUCGUUCACAGUUUAAUGCGAUUGCAUACACCCCAAGCUUAGUUUCACUCUAUGUUGUUGCAAAAGGAGAGCAAAUUUCAAGGACACGAGGCACUGGAAAAUAUGAAAUGCUUGCGGCUGAACAAGUUCAAAGUUGUGCUGGCUGUGGAGCACUGCUUAUCAGCUCUGGCUACAGUUUGCCACAUUUCUCUGGUUACCUUGGAGCAACAAGUUAUCCUUCAGAUUCGAUUGGGAGAGAGUCAGAGUUGGUGUGUGAAGCUUGUGCCAAGCACCUAUAUGCACCUUCUCAGAAAUCUUUCCUGUCCCUCUGGAGCAUAUGAGGGUUGACUUAGGCAGAAACAAUCUUCUAGUUCUAGUCUAGAUCAGUGCUCUAUGAUAAUGAAAAUGUUGACCGAUGAAAGAUCAGUUUCAUCAGUCAUUUUGUCCAUGUAUUAUCGGAAUCUCUACCCAGAUAUAGGACUUAAUGUUGCCUUUCUUUCUGUGUGGAAUGUAAAUUUUAAUGUCACUGCUCCUAUGGUUCUUGUGUACUCGUUGAGACAUCUUCCUCUUGUCAUGGGAAAGGACAAAUAAUGUCUCAAGAUUUCU